AUGUCGACCACAAUGACAAGCAACGCAAUCAUAGAUGCAGAAAGACUACGGAAGAUUGAUGCGAAUCGCAAGCUAGCUUACCAAAUCUGUGAGCGCUGGUCUGUCAAGAAAGGGGGCGAUAUCGAACCAUACUUUGAGCUCUACCACGACGAUGCGACCUUCACGACCAUCGCACAAAAGGGAAUGCUUCCGAUAUUGGCUGGAACGCUUACUAAAGACGAAUUUCGAGCAUGGGUGUGGAAGGAGUCUCGGAUCGGUGAUGUCAGUGUCAAAGUCGAGGGGAUCACGGCCGAUGAGGACCGACUGGCCGUAGAAGCAAGCUCCAAUAUGGAAAUCAAUGGCAACAGCUAUUGUAAUAGGUACCAUUGGCUGUUUGAAAUCAAAGAUGGAAAGAUCUCAGCUGCGAGGUUCUACCUCGACACGCUCUUUGCAAGACAAGCCAUGCAAUGGGUCGAGGAAGCGGAGGCUGUCCAAAAGGCAAAGUAA